AUGGACACCAAGAACUUCGAACAACCGCUCGAAUCUGACUUGUGGAUUCCCAAACCCAAGGACGGUGAGAAAUGGGAGACGCACACCAUUCACACGCAUUACUUCGGAUUCUCUGUCCCGGAGGAAAAGAUAGGCGUAUUCAUCUACGUUCGCUAUCUACCCGUCUUGGACGUGAACAGUGGUGGUGUCUGCGUUUUCCAAGGCAUCGACAAUGUGCACUUCCUGGACCUUGAACACAUGAACUAUCUCAACCAUAUGCCUUAUCCUGUGAAGGACAGAAACACGAUUAGUGUCGCGAAUGGAAUAACUUUAGACUUCAUAGAGCCCGGUCGAAAAGUUCGUCUCACGUAUAAAAGCAAGGACGAAAAAGUACACUUUGACGUGUUGCAAACAGCUGUCUCGCCGUUGUUCGCACGUGCUCAUGUUAUGCCUGGAGAGGAGGAGGAUGGCAAAAAGGAGCUCACUCCUGGAGGAACUGAACAAUUUAUGCACUGCACAGGUGAUUUAACUCUGUAUGGAAAGACUUACAAGGUUGACUGUUACCCUGCCCGGGACCGAUCCUGGAGACAAGUCCGCACCGAGGACGAGCAGAAUGCGCCUCCAUUUGGGUGGACGCCGAUGUACUUUGGGCCGGAUUUGUGCUUCAACUACUCUGGCUGGGAGGAUCCCGAUAAACACCCCAUCUGGAAGGGCGUCUACCCAGUCGAAGAAAAGUCACCGUUCCUAUUCGCUUGGUUGUUAGUUGAUGGUAAAUUGCGACACGCGAAGCGGGUUUCGCGCGAGGUGACCCGUUACCACCCAACGCUAUUCUCGGCUAUGGAACAGAAUAUUGAAGUUGAGGAUGACCAGGGAGCAAUCUGGCGUUUCAAGGGCGAGGCUAUUGCAAUGGCACAACUGCCAUCUUGGCCCAACUUUCAGAUUUUUGAUAGUGUCUACAAAUGGACCGAUGAGAAGGGGCGGGUGACACAUUGCGCUUUUCAAGAGGCUUGGUGGGCAAGGUUUCAUCGUUACCGACAUGGAAAGACCUGGGAACACAUAGGGCUCGGCAAGCAAGAAUAA